UAGAAUGAUGUCCAACUAGUUUCUUUGACCUGCUUCGCCAUGUACACUGGAUUCUACAUUUUUUUGGGAAUACUCUCUGUGUCCUUGACCUUUAAUAUCAAAACCAAUGUGACAGAUGGAAUUCCUGAGCAACUGAAUGUACCCACCAGACCCUUUAAAAAGAUCGGCGAUGGCUAUUACUAUAUACAGGGGGCAAAAAAGGUUAACUGGUUUGCCGCCGCCCAAGAAUGUGCAGAGCGGGGUGCCGAGCUAGUAGACUUCAAAACCCUUGAUGAAUUCAAUAUCCUGAAUCGCUAUCUCAAUGACUCAUACACUCAUAUAAUGUUCUGGACCUCUGGCACUAACCUGGCUGACCCCAAAUCAUACGUUUGGGGCGAUGGAAAACCGAUCGAUUUGGAUAUAUGGUACCCAGGAGAGCCAAAUAACUUAAACGGUACCGAGAACUGUGCUGAACUGGGCCACGAUGAUUUCCCGGCGAAGGCAUUUGGGUUGAAUGAUAUAAAUUGUUUAUCAGAGAGGCUCUAUAUUUGCAAGGCGCGACAGCCAAAGACAGUAUCCGUUGUAGUCUGGUAGGUUGUUUUUUUAAACCCAAUUAAAAACUUUACUUUGUUUUUUAA